AUGGGAAGCUUCUCUGAGAGAGGUCCCAGCUCCUUCGCCGACGUCGUCAACUUCUUCGAGUUCCAGAAGCCCCAAGUUAGAAACGCCGUGUCACCAUUAAUAUUCGAGUCUUUUGAGUCAACUCAACUUGCCCGGUAUGUGCUCAACAUGUUCUGCACCUCCAUGAUGGAAGUGGCCGACGAGUUCGGUGUUCCGACUUGCGCCUUCCUCACCCCCGGCGCUCGUCUUCAUGGUCUCAUGUUCGAUCUCUACACUCUUCAGGAGGAUUUCGGAACCCAACAACAUCCUGCCGUUAGGGUUUCGUGUCGCACUGCACUGUGGAUGGAACUCAAAACUAGAGAGCUUGUGGUGCGGAGUGCCAGUCGCAACGUGGCCGUUAUAUGCAGAGCAGCAAAUGAAUGCGUUCCUGUUGCUGAGGGAAUUUGGGUAGCAGCAAAUGAAUGUGUUCCUGUUGCUGAGGGAAUU